AACCUACAUCUCACGGCGUCCUGGGGCUCAUCAAUAUUUGGUAGUGAUUCAUAAACUCAUGUGUACGACAUAACCGACUGUGCAGACUUUCAGCAGAGAUCCCUUUACACAGGGAUAAUCUACAACACGUUGUAUUGUCUCCCUGCUUUGCACUACCGCAAUGGUUUUGUCGGUAUAAUUUCACUCGUAAUUCGAUUUCCAGGUAUGUAAUUUUUUUUACGAAAAAACAAACCAACAAAACGAAAUACAUGUGCUUUGGGAAGAGGUUUUGAGGUUUUCACCGCCUAGGAAUAUUUUUGUUUUCGAAUUAUCAGUGAAAAGUAACAUGGAACUCAGCGGAUGUACACAAGCGAGCGAAUACACAUCUUGAAUUAGGGCGUCCGUAACCGUUUUGAAAUAACUUCCAUGGCCGGUUUGAAGUACAGCUGUUUUGUUUCCCCGGUGGGCAUUACGUAAUAUGUUGUGACACAUCCCCGGGAUAGAGAGACGGGGGCACUUGUCCAGACGCGAGGCAAUUCGAUGCAAGCAAAGGCACUGAUGAGAAAUGAAAAUCCCCUCCUGAUAGCCUGAAAAUGGCAGCCGCCCGAAAGCUGGAGGCUCUGAAUGAGAACUUUUUGACCUGUUCAAUAUGUACAGACAGAUACAAAGACCCCUGCACUUUGACCUGUGGCCACACCUUCUGUAAGGUCUGUCUGGGGAAGUUCCUGAAGACCAGACAAGAUGCCAUCAGUGCCAAGUCCAUCCCGUGCCCUUACUGUCGGCAGAUGACCCGAGUUCCUUAUCCUGAUAGACAAGUGGAGGAGUGGGUAAGACAGAUCAAGCCCAGCUUCCUCAUCCGGGGACUCCUUGACACACUAGCGUAUGGGGAAAAUACCUUUCUGGAUACAGAAAACUGCUGCCUUCCCUGCCAAGACCUUGGAGACAGAAAUCCGGCCACGUCGUUCUGUCAACACUGUGACGUCCAGCUCUGUGAGAGAUGUGUGAAGAUGCAUGCUUCCCUUCCUGCUACAUCAAACCACGUGAUUGCUGACCUUGGUGGAGCAGUGAAGGCCACACGGCAACAAAGACCAAGGUGCAAGGAACACAAUGAAGACUUAGAUUUCUGCUGUCGGGACUGUAAUGUGGCAAUAUGUCUCAGGUGUUGCACUGCCUACCACUGUCAAUGUCACUCUGUGGCCAGCGUUCAGUCCAUGAUGGCGGAGAUCAGAACCGUUCUGUCACACAAGAAGGAGGUGUUCACACAACGCUUUGAGGAUGCGAGCAGAUCACUUCUACAACACAGAUCACAGAUUGAAGAGAUCAGCCGCAACAGAGACACAGCUGAGUCACAGCUCAAGCAGGUCUCACAGAAAGUCAUAUCUGUGAUCAAACAGAAGGAGAAACAGCUGCUGGAUGAGCUAGUUGAGAUGACAGAGAAGCAGUGUGGACAACUGAAGGGGCAGAUGAAGUCAGGAGAAAUAGACAUGCAGAUGUAUCAACAACACAUAGAGUACCUCAGCCAGGUGCUGAAGUCUGGGAGUGAGACUGACAUGUUUGAGAUGUACCGGAUGUGUCAGUCAGGGGCUCUCAAUGAAUCAACAGACAGGGCUGGUUUCUCAGACAGCGUAGGUGAUUCACAAGUUCUGUUUCUUUGUGAACUAGACGAGGGGAAAUUACACAAUGCCGUACACCUGGGUCGAAUACAGCAGAACCUAGGUGAACCUGUCGUGGAUGUGCGGCUUGAUAGAAUACAGAGUAGCACAUUUGAUGUACAUAGCAGACCGGUGUUCCACCAGACCGUCGACAUCAGGGUUGAUGGAGACGUGAAGAAGCCGGAUCCAGCUGACGUCACUGUCCUGGUUGUUGACGGUGUAGAGACACUGGUGGUCACGGACUUUAACAAUAACUGUCUGAAAUCCUUCUACGCUAACAGUUACACAAGUCAACCGGGUAAACUUGCUCUCCCAUGUAGACCGCACACUGUGACGAAACUGGCCGACAGGCAGGUGGCAGUGGCUUUCUGGUCACACAAUGAAAUUGUAAUUGUGGAUGUGACACCGUAUCUCUUUCUGCAGUCCCGUGUCACAACAAAGAAGAAGUACAGAUGCCUGACAGCCUUGAGUCCCUCCACACUGGCAGCAGGCUGUGUGAGUCCUCCCUGUGUUGAUGUCCUGGAUGUAUCGGGGACUGUGAUCAGGUCAGUCAGAAAGUUCAACUCUGGGAAGAACCUGAUACGUGAUCCGAGAUUUCUGUGUACCACAGGCGAGGGCAACAUCCUGGUGUCAGACACUCGGUCAGUCUACUGUAUCACACCACAUGGAGAUGUUGUGUUCACCUGUACCGGAGCCAGGAGCCUCAGGGAACCACGAGGUAUCGCCACUACCAGCACAGGACACAUCCUGGUGGCGGACUCGGGGACACGGAUGGUGAUACUACUGACAGCAACAGGGGAGUUUGUCAGAGACCUGCUGACGUCACAGUUUGAAACGGGGAAGCCAUAUGGCUUGUUUGUCUGCGGACAUAAACUGUAUGUGUCACAGGAGGAUAGAUGUGUCAUUAUCUUUAACAGCAGCACUCAAAGUGUACUGUAUUGAAACUGAGUUAUUUCUAAAUCCAACAUGUGCGAUGUUAACGUUACCGACCACAAAGUGUAUUGGGGAGCCUGAAAUUAUUGGGGAACUGUUUUUAACUGCAUUAAUGAUCUGUACAAGACCUUAAAGCAUAGGAAUGGAAACUACCCAUUCGUCCUAGCUAAAUGUCUUGUCAAUUUAUAUCUCCAAAGUUGCAUUUUUGUUAAUGACUGUUAUAUUAUUGAGUAAUUUCUAGUCAAAUAAUGUUGUAGUGACAUGACAUAAUCAGUUGCUGGAGUGCAUUAGUAACCAACGCAGACAAACUAGCCGUGAUGUAGAAGUAUCGUUGGAUGAUUCUGUGGUAUAAGUGUAAUUCUUCUUCUGGAACAGCGAUAUGUGACCUUCUGGAAGAUACUAUCAUCUGACUCUACAUUAAGACCUGGAAGCUUCACAGACGGAAGGGAGACCACUCUCAAUGCUGUUUGUUUUAUGAACGUUAGUGGCUUUCACUACUGCUAUUGAAUUUUGAUGUCAUUUGCAUUGUACUGCCGCCCUCUGUUGUACAGUUAUUGCACUUCAUUUAUAAUUUAUAUUUAUUUUAAACCUAGUUUAUUUUAUUGUACAAUUGGUAAUGCUGUGCUAUUUCUUUGCUGUUUGUUCGAUUCACAAGGAGUCUAACUUCUAUAUGUGUAGUAUCAAUAUAUCCCCCAGACACAUCGGUGUGUAACUUCUAUAUGUGUUGUAUCAAUAUAUCCCGAGACCCCAGACAUAUCAGUGUCUAACUUCUAUAUGUGUUGUAUCAAUAUAUCCCCCAGACACAUCAGUGUGUAACUUCUAUAUGUGUUGUAUCAAUAUAUCCCCCAGAGACAUCGGUGUCCAACUUCUAUAUGUGUUGUAUCAAUAUAUCCCCCAGACACAUCGGUGUCUAACUUCUACAUGUGUUGUAUCAAUAUAUCCCGAGACCCCAAACACAUCAGUGUCUAACUUCUAUAUGUGUUGUAUCAAUAUAUCCCCCAGAGACAUCGGUGUCCAACUUCUAUAUGUGUUGUAUCAAUAUAUCCCGAGACCCCAGACACAUCAGUGUCUAACUUCUAUAUGUGUUGUAUCAAUAUAUCCCGAGACCCCAGACACAUCAGUGUCUAACUUCUAUAUGUGUUGUAUCAAUAUAUCCCCCAGACACAUCGGUGUCUAACUUCUAUAUGUGUUGUAUCAAUAUAUCCCCCAGACACAUCGUUGUCUAACUUCUAUAUGUGUUGUAUCAAUAUAUCCCCCAGACACAUCGGUGUGUAACUUCUACAUGUGUUGUAUCAAUAUAUCCCCCAGACACAUCAGUGUCUAACUUCUAUAUGUGUUGUAUCAAUAUAUCCCGAGACCCCAGACACAUCAGUGUCUAACUUCUAUAUGUGUUGUAUCAAUAUAUC